CAGAGGUAGCCCUGCGAAGCUUCAAGCGGCGGCGGUUUCCAAUUCUGGUUCCCUGCUUGAGUCUCAGGAGAGAGAAAGAAACGAAACGAGGGAGCCGCUGCCAGGAGGAUGUGGAGGCGGCGGCGUAGGUUGCCAUCGCUGCCGACUUCGUCCGCUUGGUGCAGGCGCUGCGCGGCAAGCGACAUCGCUGUCCUCUCGCUGCUUUUGUUGCUGGCGGGGCCGCUAAGUGCCUUCAACCUGGACGAAGAGAAGCGCGUCGUCUACAGUGGUCCAGAUGGUAGUUACUUCGGGUACGCGCUGGAUUUUUACAGCCCUGCACCGAAUGCAGUAAGCGUCCUAGUUGGAGCACCUAAAGCCAACACAACCCAGCCAGACAUAGUGGAAGGAGGAGCUGUCUACUAUUGCCCUUGGCCAGGCACGGAGUGUAAACAGAUUCCCUUUGAUAAUAAAAACAACAGGAAAAUCAAAGUUAAUAGUACAAGAGAACCUCUAGAAUUUAAAUCAAAUCAAUGGUUUGGAGCAACAAUCAGAACUCAUAAAGAAAAUGUUGUAGCUUGUGCUCCCUUAUAUCAUUGGAGGACUCUGAAGGCUACUUCUGAAAAGGACCCAGUGGGCACCUGCUAUGUUGCUAUUCAGAAUUUUACUACCUAUGUAGAAUAUUCUCCUUGUCGCAACAACAACCCAGAUCCUGAGGGGCAAGGUUACUGUCAAGCAGGAUUCAGCUUAGAUUUUUAUAAGAAUGGAGAACUCAUAUUAGGAGGACCUGGCAGUUUUUACUGGCAAGGUCAGGUUAUCACCAGCAGUAUUGCAGAUGUUAUCAAAGAUUAUUCCUUCAGGAAUAUUCUAAGGAAACUAUUUCAGGAAAAGCAAACUGGAGUGGCUCCUUCUAUAUAUGAUGACAAUUAUUUGGGUAAAAAGAUAUUAUGCUAAUUUAACUGUUCAUUUCUUUCAGAACUGGUAGCUGGAGUUCCAAGAGGUGCACAGAACUUUGGCUAUGUUACGAUAAUAAAUUCCACAGAUCUAACAUUUAUUCAGAAUUUCACCGGCAAGCAGAUGGCAUCUUACUUUGGAUACACUAUUGCUGUAUCAGACAUUAACAAUGAUGGUAUGGAUGACAUCCUAGUUGGUGCUCCUCUCUUUAUGGAACGUGAAUUUGAGAGCAACCCUAAGGAGAUUGGACAGGUGCAUCUGUAUCUGCAGGAUGCUGUCUUAUCCUUCAAAGAAGCACAGACACUGUCUGGCACCGAGGUUUUUGGGCGAUUUGGCAAUUCUAUUGCACCCCUGGGAGAUCUCAAUCAGGAUGGUUAUAGAGAUGUUGCCAUAGGUGCUCCAUUUGCAGGAGAAGACAGAAGGGGGAGAGUAUUCAUCUACAAUGGAGACAGAAAUGGGUUAAAUCCUAAUCCUUCCCAGAUUCUCACUGGCCUGUGGGCCUCCCAGCCUAUGCCUGCAGGAUUUGGAUUUACAUUGAGAGGAGACUCAGACAUAGAUCAAAAUGAUUAUCCAGAUCUAAUUGUUGGUGCAUUUGGAGUUGGAAAAGUAGUUGUUUACAGAGCAAGACCAGUUGUGACGAUAAAUGCUCAGCUUCUGCUCUCCCCAGUGAUUGUAAAUCCAGAAAAUAAAACCUGUCAGCUUCCUGGUUCUAUGACCUUAGUAGCCUGUUUUACUGUAGCAGUUUGUGCAAGUUUUCAAAGUCCAGGUUUUUCAGAUAAUAUAAUUCUGAAAGCUGAACUACAGUUAGAUUCACUAAAAACCAAAGGAGCUGUUAAGAGGACUCUCUUCCUUGAUUAUCAUCAGUCACAACAUGUCUUCUCCUUCAUGAUAACUGCACAGAAUUGGCCCACUUGCAAGGACUUUGUGGUUUAUCUUAGAGAUGAAACUGAAUUUAGAGAUAAAUUGUCUCCAAUCAAUAUUAGCUUGAACUAUAAACUGGAUGAAUCCACAUUUUCUGAUGUAUUAGCUGUGAAUCCAAUAUUGAAUUAUUACCAAGAAAACAGAAUAGAGAAACAGGCAUACAUUCUUGUGGAUUGUGGAGAAGACAACGUGUGCAUUCCUGACUUGAAACUUUCCGUUAUGCCUGAUAGGGAUCAGCUUGUAAUUGGGGAAGAAAACUAUCUCAUGCUUACAAUCAAUUCAAGAAAUGAAGGAGAAGGUGCCUAUGAAGCCGAGCUGCAUAUAACAAUACCUCCAGAAGCAGAUUACACAGGUGUUGAGCGGAACAACAAGGCACUACGUGUGCUGAGCUGUGAUUAUAAGAUGGAAAAUGAAACUAGAACAGUGAUUUGUGAUCUUGGAAAUCCCAUGGCAGCUGGAACAAAUUUUUCUGCCGGCAUCAAAUUUACUGUUCAGCAUUUUGAAAAUCCUGAAUUGAGCAUUGAAUUCAAGCUCCAAGUGCGAAGUUCCAACAAAGUUAAUCCCAACAGUAAUUUGGUUGAACUUAAGAUUGACAUCAGUGCAAUAGCUCAUGUACAGAUCAGAGGAGUCUCUCACCCUCCACAAAUUGUUUUGCCAAUUCAUAACUGGAAACCAAAAGAUGAACCUACCAAAGAAGAUGAGAUUGGACCUUUAGUGGAACAUAUAUAUGAGUUGCACAACAUUGGGCCAAGUGCCAUCAAUGAUACAGUCCUGUAUGUGGAAUGGCCAGUAUUGAGCAAAACAGAAUUUCUUCUUUACAUCCUUCACAUUCAGACACAUGGACCUCUGAAGUGUCAAACAAGUUCUGCAAUUAACAGUUUGGAUGUAAAGUUUACUGUCCCAGAAGACACUCCAGAGCUUGCUGCUUUUUUACACAAUUCCUCCAUCUCUCACUCUGUUGGACGUAGGGAAGCCAAAUUGGUGGAGUAUCAAAAAAACUCUGCAAAAAUUCUGAACUGCACAAAUGUGGAAUGUUUAAUGAUCACCUGUUCAGUGGGGCUCUUGGAAAAAGGGAAAAGUGCUGCAUUGAAAAUCCGAUCUCGUUUAUGGGCUUCAACAUUUCUGCAGAGGAAAAAUUACCGCUAUGCUCUUUCCAUCAGUGUGUCAUUUGAAGUAAAGAAGAUGCCAUACAAAGUUCAGCCAGCAAAACUUCCUGAAGGAAGCAUAGCUAUAAAAACAUCUGUGAUUUGGGCUACUCCAAACAUUUCUUUUAUAAUCCCACUGUGGGUUAUAAUAUUGGCAAUACUUCUUGGACUACUGGUUCUGGCUAUGUUGACCUUAGCCUUGUGGAAGUGUGGUUUUUUUGACAGAGCCAGGCCACCUAGAGAUGACAUGGCCGAAAAAGUGCAUCUAACAAGUGACAAGACUACUGAUACUUAGAUCAAGGGUUUGGAGGUUACUAGGAAACUUAAUUUGGAUCAAGAUUGCCAAAUAGCUGUAAUUGGACCUAUGCAAUAUUCUACAUAUUCAACAGAAAACAGAAAACAUUACUAUCUCUGCAUCAGAACUGAUGAGCAACCUUCCAUCCAAAAAGAGUUAAUGAAAAAGAAUUGUUUCAGUUUUUCAAAACUGAUUCUUAGUGAAAUUACUGGAUACAUCAAAAGCAGUCCUAAAUCCAAAUGGAGCAGAGAUGGAAAGCCAACAACACUUAAAUGGAUGAAAGAUGAACAAGACACAGUGUUCAACUCUACUGUUUAUUGGCAAAAUCUUGAGGCAUCUCCCUAAGGAUAGAAACUUUUAUAAACACUGGCUCAGGGAGGCAAGCAAUAUUAUGUGUAAUAUUAAAGUACCUCCAGAAAGUAAAACUAGCCUUUCAAAAUACUUCUUGAAAGUAAGACACACAAGUAUUUAUCUAACUUUUGUAGACUCGGCAUCCUACAAAAAUAGGGUCUGAAAUAUUUCAUUUUCACUAUUUCAUCUGUAAAUAGAGUGAAUAUAUUCUUUGCAUUCCAUAUACUAAUUAUAAAUGUUUGGAAAAAAGCAAAGUUUUAUAUUCCUUUGUAAGAGUAAAUGUAUUAUAAAAAAUUAUAAAAUUUCAGAGCUUGAAAAUGACCCUCCUUACAAAAGCAUAAAAUAGAAAUUGCCAUUUAUUUAAUGACUCUACAUCAUGAACAAAACAGAUUAAAAUUGUUUGCAAUAUCAUGAUAGUAAAGAAAAGCAUGGUAUUCUAGAGAAAAAACAGAAACCAAAAAGGAGACGUGAUGAAUUUGUAUAGAUUAUCUGCACUGUAUUCUAGUAAUAUAAUCCAGUCAAGAGAAAAACUAAUUGGUGAAUUUGAUUUGAUAGAAAGACUCCAUGUAAACUAAAUAAUAUCAAGAAAUAAAAAUAAUUCCUCAACCCUUCCCAAGAAAAGUUCUGUAGUUUACAAAUUAUAGUUAAUAUUUGCUUUGAAUGGAUGGAUUAUUUAGAAGAAUUAAACAUUUGGAGAUAUACAGUUAAAUCAUUCCUAAACUCAGUAAGAGGCAUCUGGCUAACAGAUUAAAUUUUGAAAGACCUUCAUCAAUUUUGUUCAGAAACUUUUUGAAACAAACAAUGUGUUUCUCUGUUUUUGCUCCCGUGAUUCUCCGCAGGUGCAGGUUAUUUAGAAUUGUAUAUCUUUUCCAACAGGAAUGUUUUUCUGCUCUCUAACAAUGAUGGUUCAGUGACAUUAAUUCUGAUGCAUAUAAGAAUGACUCCAGCAACUCUUAGAAGCCUGGUUGAUCUCUCCCAUGGAGUGAGUUCAGUAUAGCAAACAGAUUGGUGAACAUUCUUACUUGUUUUUUAUAGAUUGUAUUUUUUUUAUUGGAUGACGUCUAAAAUGAUUUCCAGUCUAUAGAUUAUGUAAUGAUAGGAUUGAAGUAUUUUCCUUUGAAAAAAAUCAAAAUAUAUUUGUGUUUUUGGAAUAUCUGCAGCUGUAGUUUUUGGCAAAAUAAUGUAUUUGUGCGAACAGUGAAAAAUGCUGCAUUAAGUCUUACCCAAAUGUUUAUAUUUUCAGCAUCUCAUUAUCUUCUCUUAGAUUGGUUUAUUGAAGCUCUGGCUAACAUCAGAUGUCCUAGUUUCAAUUGCUCCAAUAAUCCUACUGUUUGUUCUACAAAAACCAAAAACGAUUAUGUAAUUUCUGUUGUCAUCGAGGUAGACACAGAGAAAAAUGUCCUUUGCUAGAAUCCUUUGAACAUUUUUAUAUUUUUCUACAAUCAAGAAAUGAGUUAGAUGCAGUGUACCUGCCAAUCCAUUCUUCAAAGAAAGUUUUGAAAAAAAUAUCAGUUUCUAGCAGUUAACUAAGUAGCUGAACAAGUUGUCCUUUUUUUUUUUAACUAAACUUGUAGAAUUUAGCCCACAGUCUUCGGAUUCCUGGUGGUCCAAGUAUUAUCAAGUCUGACCUUGUUUGACUUUUCCAGAUCAGCCAAGGUUAACUAGGUGUUAUCACCUAUUUUUCUAAAAAUGCUGGCCUAACCACUGGUAGGCUGCUAUUAUUUUAGAGAAACAGAGGCUUUGUAGGAAUCAAAGAACCUUUACAGAGGAAUAUUUAAACAAGCUGUUUAAAAUAAAUAGAGGAAGCCUGUAAUCACUCAACUAAGGACAGGCAACCUCUGGCCCUUGGUCUAAUUUCAUCUGGCCUUUGAUCUAAUUUCAAAAGGUCUCUGCAAAUGAUGAGCUCAAAGUUCUGUUAAGAAUAAACUCUAUUCUCUGAUAUUAUGUUGACUGGCAAGGAAGAGAACAUAAAUGUCACAAAGAAUGAGAGAAGAAAGGAGUUAUUAGAAAGGAGAAAAUGACAAUCCAUUCACGUUUAUUCUAAUUUCACCACCUUUCUUCAGAUGCAGUAUAUUAGCAUUGUUCCCUGUUACAACACACACACAAACUAAUUUUUCAUCUAAAGAGGCUAUAUUAUUCCCUAUAGUUUCAUCUUAGCCUAAAAUCUCUACUUGAUCAUAAUUAAACUUAUUGUGAUUUUCAUAAUUAUCAAUUAUGAAUUGAGAAAAAAUAGUCAAGAAGGGAGUACUAGUGUGUUGUUUCCUCUGUUUUCAUAUACCAUGUAAAGGAUGACUGCUCUACCUGUAAAAGCAGUUUCACCUCAUCUGAUUAAUAUCCAUCUAUGUAAGCAAAGCAAUUAGUAUUUUUUGGCAAGAAUAGUAAAUAUUGCUUUAUAAUCCAGAAUUGGCUGCACACAUGUACAUCAGUGGCCCAUAAUUGUCUUGGGUGAAUGAAAUAGAAUAUGUUUUUUUUAAAUGUUCUUAUGUGCAAUAAUUUUAUAUUAUCUAUGUACAUGGUGCAUGUUUACACUGGCAUUUGUUUUUCUUAAA